AUUUGACGAGUAGGUGCAAUUUUACGAUGGAUGCGCUGCUGCCCUCGGAAAUCGCGAGAUUAGUCCUUGGAUAUCUCCAAGAUCAAAAAUGCGAGGAAGCGGCAAGAAUAUUUAUGGAUACUUCGCCGCUUUUACAAGAAUGUCGAUUAGUAUCGCAAAGAGGUAGGAGAUACAGUACAAAAGUAGGUGGUUUAAGUUUAAUGGAUAUCUUGGAUAAAUAUUGCGCUACCAAUGCAAUGGUUCAAGAGAAACUCGAUAAAGUAUCAGAUUGUGAUCAAUUAAAGCAAUGUAACGACAUAACAGAGCAGCUUAGAUAUCUUUUGGAAGGGUCAAGAGGACAUCGUUUUGUAGUUAAUAUUAGUGUACCAUCCCAGAACUCGCCAUCCGGAACAUUUGGAUCUCCAGUUAUAUCCGGUAGUAUGAAAAAGAGACAUCAUAGUAAUAGUGAACGAGGAAAACGUGUUGUAAAGUCGUUGAAUAAUUUUUUGGAAAAACCAACUCAGAAAUCAUUGGCUCAAAGUUGCGAUACAAUUGAAGCAACACCUCUUGAAAGCCUACCAGGUCAUCAGAUUUCAAACAAUCAAUUUGAAAUAGAAAAUAAUGUAAAUACUUUAUGUACUAGAACCCCAACAAAAUGUGAUGUUAUAAAUUCUUUACCAGAAAGUAAAAUUGAUGGCCCUAUUGUAAAUGAUGGGAUCACACCUUUGGAUCUAAAUUUAAUAGCUUUGAAUUCAAAUACAUUUAAUAUUAAUCAAAAAAUCCAAUCUCCAGAAAUUGUGCAAAAUCAUGAAUCGUAUCAAAUUAAAAAUAAGUGCACAGCAGGAACUAGUACGGAAGAAUUAUUGAAUUACUGUAACACUGAAGUACAAACGGGACCUUGUGAUUUACUGGAAUCUGAAUCAGAUAUAAAUGACGAACCAAUUGAAAAUUUGAGCAUGCUAACCAAAAAGUUAUUACAACGUACUGAAUUACAUGAAAGGAUUGCUGAAAAUAUCAACAAAGCUAUUCUACCCGUUGAAACGUCUUGUCGCGAAGAAAAUGUUUACGAAAAUGCUGCAGAAGCGAAUAUGUCAUUAUUGACGGAUUAUGACAAUGCUAUUAAAUCGGUUGUUCAAGCCACAGAAACGGAUCCGAUUUUUGAAGGAUUUCUACAUGAAAUUUUUAAGAUUGGCGAGACUGACACAAGUCCAGAUGAGGAUGCUGAUAUUAAACAACAUCAAGAAUUAACUUAUUCAUCUUGCGCCCAAAAUAUAGAGCCAAUGCAGAUUGACGAUAACAAUGAGCAAAUUGAAUUACAAGAAUUGAAAAUAAAUGGCCAAGAAUCUAGCGGUUUUGAAGUACCAUUAAAGCAAAGAUUGCGCAGUUCAUCACGAUCUCAAAACACUAACGUCGACGACGAAGAGAAAGAAAGCAACAGUGUCUUAGAAAAUCAAAAUGCCGAAGCAAUUAUGAAUAUUGUUAACGUGAUCGCCAAUAAAAGAAAUUCAUUAAUUAAUAACGAGCUUGAUACUCAACCCGUUACCGACACGAUUGUAGAGAAUACAAUUGUUAACGAGCCCCUAAACAAUCUAAAGACAGAAAUUGAGAAAAUUAGCGAUGAAAAUAAAAUAAUCAAUAACAAGCCACUUCCGAAGAAAGCGAGUAGGAAAGCGAAAACAACAAAAUCAAAAGUGUCUUCCGAUAGUAUUGUAAAUAAUGUUGCUGCGAAGACAGUGUCGGAACAAGAAAUUAUGACGAUGCCAACGUUAAUUUUAUGUUCGGAAAAAGAUGUCGAAACAUUAUUGCAAACAGAAACUCAAUGUCCAAAGUCAUAUAUUCCAAUCGCUCCGAAACCCACCAUCGGCUCGACAACGGAAUCUCAACCGACAAUUUAUCUGCGGACAGUGAACGUUCCUCGCCAUCUCCUCAGCUCCGCGCAGAUCGAAGCCUCUACCAAACCCAAUUCCUUAUUGCUGCAGCAGACGCUCCAGGUACAACGAUCCACACCAAAGAUAAUCGCUCCAGCCCCCAUUGACGUCACCUCCACCGUGGAAUCCAUCACGUUAUACGGAGGCGAAAACGAGAGCACGGCGAUGAAGGUGUCGCCGAUCACGAGUAUGCCGGUGAUCAGCCUCGACGACGCGACCAUUGACCUGGGCAGUGGCCUAUCGUCCUUGUUCAAAGCCGAGGAAACGAAGUCGGAAAAGCCAAACGAGCCAGAAGUCAGGAGCGAAGUCACGAGCGAAGUUAGGAGCGAAAUCACGAGCGAAAUCACGAGGGAAAUCACGAGGGAAAUCACGAGGGAAAUCGCCAGCAAAAUCACGAGCGAAGUCGAUAAAGAAGCCGAGAAAGCGGAAACGGCAAAAGCUAAGAAAGCAACAGCCGGCGACGAGGUCAUUGUCAAAACCACGCCGCGAACGUUACUCAAGUCUCGUUCAAAGAACAACAGGCUAAGUCUCUCGACCCCGCGCCGGCGCAACAGCCACGUGCGGGCCCUUGACUUCAAUACCCCGAUGAAGAUGUCGGGCGGUGUGAGGAAAAAUCCACAGUCCUGUGGCAAAUCCAAAUCGACGUGUCGCGCGGGCCUAUUCAGAUCGCCGUCGCUCGGAUCGGAUAGGAACGCGGAGCCAAUGAGGCCGGCGUACAUGCGAGUGCCGAUAGCGACAAGGAGCCCGGCACCGAAGCUGCAGGGCAAUUGGAGCAAGCUCACGGGCAUCGGGCUUAUCCUCGGUGACGCUUCGACGAGCGAGAGCAGCUCGCCGGAAAAGGUCCAGGCGGAGGCCCCGCCCGUGGUCGCGAAGAAGAGCUGGGACAGCGACCUGAGGAAAAUCGUCGGCAACGCGGUGACACUGAACGAGGCCAAGGACCCUCCGAGGAUCGCGAGAAAGGCCAGGAGAAAGGGCACGGUAACAAAGACGAACGCGAAGACGAUGUCUCGGUCAAAGGUCCAAGAGUCCGAGGUUGUGGCGAAGGCCACCACCAACCCAGUGAAAAUCUCGCCAGAGACGAGCGCCUGUUCGGCGUCGUUGCGCUUUCCCGACAUGCUCGACCUUGAAACGCCACGCAAGACCGAAGUGACAUUUUACGUGCCGCCAACGCCACGGUUGCUCAACACCCCUGGCGACAGUCUCAUUAAAUCCAGGCGCUCCAAAUUCAAUGACGAGGUCAAGAUCAAGGACUGCGUCGACACGCCCGACUUCCCCGUCACGCCCUGCAUCAUCCUCACACCCAAGAUAAUGGAGGAGGAGCACGAGAAGAAGUCCUCGCCCUAUUACGAGCCCUGUGACGAUCAAACUCAGCCGAUCAAGCCGAAAGAAGUGGUGGAGGGAACAGCGCUGACGAGAACCUUUACGACGACGACGAUGACGACGAUGACGACGACGGCGACAGCAAUUGUAGCGAUGACUGCGUCGACAAUAACAGCGGCUUCAGCGACAACGGCGUCGAUAAUAACAACGACAGUAGAAAAAACAAUCGUAGAACAAAAGGAGAACAGUAAAGUCGAAUUGACGCGAGAAAUUGAAAAGGAAGAUAUUUCAAUAGAGACGGAAGAAAAGGAAGAGGAGCCAACGUCGGAAGAGACUUCAAAGGAGCUCAUCGAAGAGGAGAGCGUAGAAGAUACGAAUGCUUCCGACUCGGAUAGUGGUAACGAAUCCUCGGACUCCUCGUCCUCCUCUUCCUCAUCCAACAGCUCGUCAUCGAGCUCCUCGAGCUCAUCCAGCUGUACGAGCGUCGCCACGUCGUCGCCCGUAAAGUCAUUCAUCAUCGUCGGCGAACAACGUAGCGCCAAUGUGUCAUCCGAGUCGAAGAUCGAUAGUCCCGACCGAGUAUACCGAAACUCCUUGAAGAACAAUUUGGAGGAGUUUCACAAAAUUGAGGAUGAAAAUUCGCCAGCAAAAAUGGAAAAAGCUAUUGUCUUGGCCCAAGAAACCCCGGCGAAAGACGAAGGUAACGUCAUCCCCGAGUCAGAUAUAUUCGAGACACCUAGCGCCUCCGAGUCGGAGCGCGCGCUGCGCCGUGACUCCCUCGCGGGUCUUACCUCCAAGAUCUCAGCUAUUAUCACGACUUCGAGCAACGAGCUGUCCGUCGUCAAGCCGAGUGAAGACGCCUGCGCCGUUUCUUCCUCGGAGCGUCCUUCGGCGAAACCGAGAAUCCUCAGUGUGCAGAAAAUCGUCGCUGGCGAUGGCAUGGCCCUGCAAAUGUCGAGAAUGUCACAGGCGGAGAGGCAAAAGAAUUCUGGUUCAACGGUGCAGCAGCAACAACAACGACAACAGCAGCAGCAGCAGCAGCAGCAGCUGAGUAUGCAAUUGGAGGAGAAGCGCCGCAGAGUGAUGGCGAAAUUCAAGGAGGCAGCCGAUCAGUCGAAGAAAAACGUCGACGAGGCCAGACAGAGAAAGGCGCGGAGAGGCAUCGAGGCGGAAAAACUCGUCACCUCGUCCACUGACGGUUUCAAGGGCAAGGCCAAGGAGAACCAAAUGGCCGAGGUAGUUGCGAAGGAAGUAGCACCGAAGCAGCUUGCCAACGAAAAAUCCGAGGAUACGAAGCACGAGGAGGAGGCGGAGGAAGAGGAGGAGGAGGAGGAGGGGGAGGAGGUGGAGGAGGAUAUUAAGGAAGCGAGGCGAGUCAAAGUUAGGCCAAGCCUGAGAAAAAAGACUGCGCGGGACGAGAAGCACGAUAAGACUGAGGACGGAGCCGAGGGUAAAUCGAUUGCACGCAACGGCAACAAGGAAGUGCUUCAGAAUGCAACCAAAGAGACGGUCCCCAUGAUCGCCGAGAACUCCAAAGGCAUAUCAAAGACAAAAGUCGAUCAGGUGAAACGCGAUUUAUUUAGCGACGAGGAGACUAACGACCAGAGGACAACGCGGUCCCAAGCAGCGCGACGCUCCGUUGACCAUCAGAGGACCGAGGACAGCCAGGACACCGGUCUAUCGCUCGACGGCACCAAGGACAAACUUCCCGGGGUGCUCGAGUGCCUGCAGCUGAUACCCACUAAUAAAAACGAGCAGGACCCGCAUGAGCACAGUGGCAAGAGCUCGAGCAGCGAGGGCCUGAGUAACAGCCAGACCAACGCACUGGACGUCUCCUUCGCGUACGAUGAGUCAGUGCCAAUUAAAAAGCGCAAGCGAAAAUACAGUAAUUCGGAGUUGGCCAGUGAGUACACUUUUCGCUAUCCCGAUGAGAUUCACGUCCUUAGCGUCACGGCGUACGAAGAGAUAUUUAAGAUUGCGCCGAAGACUAAGAAGAGGAUCCCGAGCCCUAAGAAGUCACCUGCCAAAAUCAAGAAAAUUAAAAUCGACGAUAAGAACAUCGAAAAGACGCUGCUGAGCUCUUCGUGUAUCAUUAAUAGCUCGAGCGUUAAGAACAUGCGGAUACAUUCUGACAAUAAGAAGAAAAAGUCUUCAAAGAGAAAAUCGACGCCAGUGAAGGAAUGUAGACAGACAAUAAUUUUGUUACAGAUUGAAAAGAAGUCGAAGGCGGAUCCUCAAGCACUUUUCAACAAAAUAAAAAUAGAUGAAUUUUUAAAAUCCGUUCACGUCCCGGAAUAAUACGAUGAACAUCGUCGAUUAUAAGCUCCGUAGGAAUUUGUAAAUAGUUUUUUUUACUUGAUGAACAGUUAUUUAUUAAUAAAAAUUAUUUUUUAUA